CGCCGGGCGUGGGCAGGCGGAGUGGGCGUGGCCCGGCGGCGUCGGGCCCAGGCGAGGUGAAACUGCGGGAGUUCCGGCGGGAGGCCCGUGCUGACGGCCCUCACCUUCACCAUGGCCUCGGCCGAGCUGGAUUACAGCAUCGAGAUCCCGGAUCAGCCCUGCUGGAGCCAGAAGAACCCCAGCCAAGAUGGGAAGGAGGCCAGGAAGCGACUGCCUGUGGUGAUUCUCUUGGGCUGGGGUGGCUGCAGGGACAAGAACCUGGCCAAGUAUAGCGCCAUCUACCACAAAAGGGGCUGCAUUGUGAUCCGAUACACGGCUCCCUGGCACAUGGUCUUCUUCUCUGAGUCCUUGGGCAUCCCCUCCCUUCGUGUGAUGGCCCAGAAGUUGCUCGAGCUCCUCUUUGACUACGAGAUUGAGAGGGAGCCUCUGCUCUUCCAUGUCUUCAGUAAUGCUGGCGUAAUGCUCUACCGCUACGUGCUGGAACUCCUCCAGACCCAUCAGCGCUUCCGCCACCUGCAUGUGGUGGGCACCGUCUUUGACAGUGGUCCUGGUGAUAGCAACCUGGUAGGGGCCCUGAGGGCCCUGGCAACCAUCCUGGAGCGCCGGCCUGCGGUGCUGCGCCUGCUGCUCCUGGUGGCUUUUGCCUUGGUGGUCGUCCUGCUGCACUUCCUGCUUGCCCCGUUCGCCGCCCUCUUCCACACCCACUUCUAUGACAGGCUGCAGGACUCAGGCUCCCACUGGCCUGAGCUCUACCUCUACUCCAGAGCUGACGCGGUGGUCUCGGCCAGCGACGUGGAACGCAUGGUAGAGGCACGCGUGGCUCACCAGGUCCUGGUGCGCUCGGUGGACUUUGUGUCAUCGGCACACGUCAGCCACCUCCGUGACUAUCCUACUUACUAUACAAGUCUGUGUGUUGACUUCAUGCAUAACUGUGUCCAGUGCUGAGGUCCUGCUCCAGAAAUAAACGCCGGCGCCUCCCUUCGACCUACAUCUGUCCUGAAGGACUGCUGGCAUGGCUGCUCCCUCAGACUCUGGGGUGGGGGUGCCAGGGCAAGUUUCUGUUGGGCAGGCUUGCAGUUAUUUGGACAAGUGCAAUGUUCUUACGGUGUUUGGGCUGUAAAAGGCUAACAGUUUGUGUGUUGGGUGAAUGGCUUGAGGCUGAACCCCAGAGUUGUUUGAAAAGUGCUGGCUGUGGUCUUGAGUUCAAACCCAGAACUCACAUUUAAAGAAGAAAAGGCCAGGCACAGUGGCACACACUUAAAAUCCCACCUCUGAGGAGGUGGAGAUAGUCAGGUGCCUGGAGGCUUUCCGGCCAACUAGCCUAGCCUAGUGGUGAGCCGCAGGCCAGUGACAGGACCUGUCUCGAUAGGCAAGGUAAUUGGUGUCUGAGACCCCAGGUGGACCUCUGGUCUUCAGUGCAUUUGCACACAGGUGUAGCUGCACACACCUGGAUUGUGUAAGAACCUUUCACGUGGGAGCUCUUAACAAAAUUCCAGAUGUGUAGUCAGUGACCCCACUGUUAACUGUGGGUACACAGUACUUAUGUGUACAGUGUGCAUAGCAGACCCCCAGUUCUUAGUUACUUUGCAUGAUCUACAACGUAAUCAUCUGGGUUAACUGAAGUUUUAUUCUUGUUCUAAGAACUGAGUUUGGGUAGGUAGGUAGGUGUGUGUGUGUGUGUGUGUGUGUGUGUGUGUGUGUGUGUGUGUGAGAGAGAGAGAGAGAGAGAGAGAGAGAGAGAGAGAGAGAUGUAGCCAGGCUGCCUCAAUCUCACUAUGUAGCUGAGGAUGACUUUGAACUCCUGAUCUUCCUGUCUCUACCUCCCAGGUACUGAGAUUACAGGCAUAUGCCACCAUGCCUGGCUUGGAUUUUCAUUUCUUGAAUGGAAGGUACCUUAAGUAGCAGAGAGAGUCUGGGGAGCAGAGCUGUCUCUUGAAGGACAAAGCCCCACAUUAAACACUAUUCCUACCUGGCCUGUCA